GCUGCCUGGUAACCAGCUGCUGGAAUACACAGAGAGAGGCUGGGAGUAGGGGCAGAGGCUUUUUGACGUCAGGACCAGGCAAGGGGAUCGGGCCAGCUAUCCUAGCCAGACCAGAGACAGCUGGGUUUUCGGCUGGAGAGAAGCCCAAAGCAAGGCGCGGAGCGUGAGUGAGUUGGGGGUGUGGAAGUCGGUUUCUGGGGCGCAGCAUGCCCCCUGCCCCUGGGUCAUGGAGAUCUCCCUGGUGCCUCUGGAGAAUGGCAGUGCCAUGACACUCAGAGGAGGAGGGGAGGCAGGGGCAAGCUGUGCGCAGACCCUCAGGGGAGAGUGUGAGUUCCCUCCGACGGCUGGGCUCAGUAAUCAGUCCAAAGAACCCUCACCGAGGGGGCGCGCCACGCCAGGGGAUGAGGACCAAGGGGGGAGGCCUUUGCCCUCUCUGCCUAGGAAGCUGCCACAGCCUAGAGAGCCAUCUGCGGAUAAUGAGGAGGAAGAAGGCGACCCUGGCCUGGGCACAAUGGAGGAGGACCAGGCUCCACAGGGCGCAGGGUCGCUCCAUCACCAGCGUGUCCUCAUAAACAUCUCCGGGCUGCGCUUCGAGACGCAGCUCGGCACCCUGGCGCAGUUUCCCAAUACCCUCCUGGGGGACCCAGCUAAGCGCCUGCGCUACUUCGACCCCCUGAGAAAUGAGUACUUCUUCGAUCGCAACCGGCCCAGCUUCGAUGGCAUCCUUUAUUACUACCAGUCUGGGGGUCGCCUGCGUAGGCCGGUCAACGUCUCGCUGGAUGUGUUUGCAGAUGAGAUCCGUUUCUACCAGCUGGGGGACGAGGCCAUGGAGCGCUUUCGGGAGGAUGAGGGCUUCAUCAAGGAAGAGGAGAAGCCCCUUCCCCGCAACGAGUUUCAGCGCCAGGUGUGGCUAAUCUUCGAAUACCCAGAAAGCUCCGGGUCCGCAAGAGCCAUCGCCAUCGUGUCGGUCUUGGUCAUCCUUAUCUCUAUCAUCACCUUCUGCUUGGAGACUCUGCCUGAGUUCAGGGAUGAACGGGAGCUGCUCCGCCACCCGCCAGUGCCGCCCCAGCCCCCAGUCCCCGCCCCAGGGGCCAAUGGCAGCGGGACCGGCGCCCCUUCCUCUGGCCCCACAGUGGCACCACUCCUGCCUAGGACCUUGGCUGACCCAUUCUUCAUUGUGGAGACUACAUGUGUGAUCUGGUUUACUUUUGAGUUGCUUGUGCGCUUCUUUGCCUGCCCUAGCAAGGCAGAGUUCUCUAGGAAUAUCAUGAACAUCAUUGAUAUUGUGGCUAUCUUCCCCUACUUUAUCACCCUGGGCACCGAGCUGGCAGAGCAACAGCCAGGAGGCGGUGGUCAGAACGGGCAGCAGGCCAUGUCCCUAGCCAUCCUCAGGGUGAUCCGCCUGGUCCGGGUGUUCCGCAUCUUCAAGCUCUCCCGGCAUUCCAAGGGGCUGCAGAUCCUGGGUAAGACUUUGCAGGCGUCCAUGAGAGAGCUGGGGCUGCUCAUCUUCUUCCUCUUCAUCGGAGUCAUCCUCUUCUCCAGCGCCGUCUACUUCGCAGAGGCGGACAACCAGGGGUCCCAUUUCUCCAGUAUCCCAGAUGCCUUCUGGUGGGCAGUAGUCACCAUGACCACUGUAGGCUACGGGGACAUGAGGCCCAUCACGGUGGGAGGCAAGAUUGUGGGUUCACUAUGCGCCAUCGCUGGGGUCCUCACCAUUGCCCUGCCGGUACCUGUCAUUGUCUCCAAUUUUAAUUACUUCUAUCAUCGGGAGACUGACCACGAGGAGCAGGCUGCCCUGAAGGAGGAGCAAGGCAACCAGAGGCUUGAGUCUGGGCUGGACACAGGGGGUCAGCGGAAGGUCAGCAGCAGCAAGGCCUCCUUCUGCAGGACUGGGGGUUCCUUGGAGAAUUCUGACAGUAUCAGAAGGGGCAGCUGCCCCCUGGAAAAGUGUCACCUCAAGGCCAAGAGUAACGUGGACUUGCGAAGGUCCCUAUACGCCCUCUGUCUGGACACUAGCCGGGAAACAGAUUUAUAAAGUGACGGGUGACAGUGGAGCUAGGAACAGGGAUGGGUGGUCCUCUUGAGCCUGGGCAUCUGUUUCAUACCACAGAGUAUUUUAAGCCCACCUGGUCACUGAUUUAUGGAUGUUUGCCUUUCUCCUUUUCACCCUCCCCACCUCCCUAACCUCUAAGAUCUCCAUUUUUUCCCUCCUCUUUGAACAACCCCAAGGGUCACCUAUUUUUAAGAAGUAUCACAUUCCAUGACGCAGGAGCUGUUGAAGUGGUGGGCUCUGUGAGAUGGAUGUAUUCCUAACCAGUUUUCUAUACCCAGCAGAGGAAUAACUCAAACAAAAAAUGACUUUAAAUAGCCCAGAUCCCGUGGGAUUCCAUAGCCCUCCCUAUCCCUACGUUCCAAAUUUACUUUACAUGUGAUUAUAUUUGUGUAUGGGGCAAAUAUUGUUUUUAUGGCUGAUGAGUGCAUGUUUGUACAGCGAUGCACAUGAAGAAUAUUUGGGUGUGUUCUUAAGAUAUACUUUAAAUUGCAAAAGAGUUGGGGUCAUCUUUUCUUAGCACAAGUGGGGUCAGAGACCCUGAAAAAGUUGUUCACGUUCCUGUGCUAUUGGAGCUUUGUGUCUAGGGUAGAGAAUGUUCUAAAAGACCAGCACAUAGUUUUUCUUUUCCUUUCCUUUCCUUUCCUUU